AUGGCCGAUGCCAGCGAGUUACCAGAGAUUCCAAUCUGCCAAAUCUUCCAAUCGCUUUCCACUAAGUUUGCAGUCCGGGCCAGCAUUCUUUCAAAGCAAUGGGAACGUGUCUGGCCAUUAGUCCCGGUAUUAGAUUUUGACGAGGACGAGAAGGUACACAAUGGUCACAAUGCCAGCCCUUGUCGACACAGAAAGUUCCUGGAGUUUGUAACACUGUGUUUGAGGCGUCGCGAAGAAGAUAAGUUGUUACAUAAAUUCCGGCUUUGCAUGGAGUACUGUUAUUACUGUAAAGACUGUGGAGAGCUCGUGGAUAAGUGUUUGAGUUUUGCUCUUGACAGAAAUGUUAAAGAGUUGCAUGUUGCUAAAUCAGGCUACUUCUUAUCACAUAAGGUUCUGAAUGCUGAAUAUUUAGCUGUUUUAAGUUUGGAUUCUAUUGAAAUAAGGGAUGAUGAUAUUGUAACUCUUCCGUCUUUGAAAUCUUUGUCUCUAAUUUGUAUAAGUUUUGGUGGCUUGGGAUUCCUCCACCUUAUGGCAGGCUGUCCUUCCCUCGAGAAUUUGUCAGUGGUUAAAUGUAGAGGCUUCGAUGAAAGAAUUGAAGUUUCAAGUUCGAGCUUCAAAUCCUUAAAAGUUAAAAGUUUUCAACUCGGGUGUUGCACUCCAACUUGA